AUGUUGAAGCUUCUAUUGAAGGGAGGGUCUUUUGGUAGAUCCCGUAACGCUAUAUCUCCAGUAUGGUGGUCAUCACCUUCGAGGAUUUUGAAGAAACCCAUCGUUCGGUUCCAUUCUAGUACUAUCACUAGAACUCCUCCAAAGUCAUGGACGAGCCCAUUGAAGCUGUUUGGCUUGGCUCUCUGUCUAGGAACGGCACCGAUCUACUAUACAAUAUCACAAGCUAACCUGAUCCGUAAUGAGAAUGGUGCCAAUGUUAAAACCACCAUAGAGGAAGAUAUCAGCCAUAAAGCCAACGAAUUGAUCGAUGAGUUCAAGAAAAGUGAUCCUGAGGAAAGGAAGAUUUUGUAUAGACAAUUGUGUCUGGGAUCAAUUUUUGGUAUAGUCACAGGCUUUAUUAUGGUAAAAAUAUCUGGAUUACUCGUGUAUGUCACUGUGUGCGGACUAUUGGGGUUUGAAUGGCUUAAGAAUAGAAGGUUAAUUAAUGUUAGUAAUAGUCAAUUUCUAUCAUUUACAAAAGGUCAACUGGAAAGACUACUAAGAUUCUUCAAAGUCAAUUUAAAUCAUUUGGAUUUGUUCAAGAUAUCAUUUAUAAGUAGUUUGCUCUUAACAUAUAUGAAUAGCUAG